AUGGGAAGUGCGCCCUCGGUAGUGGCGGACCAUGUGCUUUUCGACAAUCCGAACUAUCACGAUGUCGUAAUCAACUAUCGUCAGACCAAGACUUACGCCCACAAGGCAAUCCUUGCUUUGAGAUCGAAGUUCUUCCUCAAAGCCUUCACCAAGGGAUUCCUGGAGACCAAAGGAAAGACCAUCGAACUUGACUUUGACGAAGACCCCAAAGCCGUGCUCGCCCUACUCCAUCACUGUUACGAGCUCCCAUACAACGACGCUUCCAUCAUUGGCCCCAACAAAGGUCCAAAUCUUGCCUUCCAUGCAUCAGUCUUCAAGAUUGCCGACAAGUAUGACUGCCCAAGUCUAAGAGAUAAGAUAUUGGACAACUUCGAGGACUACGCAGCAGAGUCCAGCAGCAUCCUGGACGGACCGUUUGAUGAGCUUUUUGAGGUUCACGCGAUGAUUUACGGAGAAAAACUCGCAGACAAUCGCCUCCGCAAAGCCGCUGACAAGUAUCUGAAGCACAACAUCUAUCACAUUCUGCAACACAAGAGUUUAAAGUCAUUCCAGGAAGAGGAGGGAUCUCUUUCCGGAACUCUGAUGGAGAUCUUCUUGGGCUGCACGACUGUAGCAACACUCAGGAUCUGCUUCAAAUGCAGGGUCAAGAUUCAGGGACCUUCAGUUGACCACAAAUGUCAAGGCAGGUUGACCUUUGAGAGAUAA